AGCCUAAAUCGUUACCCAGUUUUUCAAGCUACUAGGAAUGCAUUGGAUUUCAGAGUUUUAAAACAUUUGUAACAAUUUAAUAGCUAUGUGAACAUGUGCACGACUCGAGAAGGCAACCAUACUUCAACUACACAAGAUUGACCACUGCCAAGACCCCCGUGAUCAUUGAAAACCCAAACGCUGUGUCAACAUGAAUGAACAAUUUCAUGUCCUAAAUGAUGCUUACAGAAGUUUAUUGUCGAGAACAUCACCCAGCAAAAUGAGUAGCCAUGAGUUGGCAUCCUCCAUGUUCACAUGUGUAUGUGAACUGACUCUUGAUGCCAGUGAUGGUUAUCAUUCUCAGCAUCAGGACCAGUCCAGAGAUCUCCUAACGUCCUCCAAAUAUUCUCCAAACCCAAAUGGAACUGAACUGGCUUGUCUUGUGUUGACUCUGGUGGAGAAAAUAAGCUCCAAGCUGACAUCUCAACAACUGUCUCAAGAAACCAACCUUUACUUCAAAGAUGUUUCUACAGUAUUAUUCCAGCAUAUGGAUUUUAUGUCCAAACUUGUUCACCUUGCCUGCUGCAAGGACAGGUUGCUGUCUCAUCUAGCUGCAAAGAGUGUAUCCUCCUAUGUUAUUUUUGAGCUGCGUUGCUUUAAUACAGUCAACCAGAUUUGGGAAUGGAAGUGCUUGCAAGUGCUCCAGAAACCUUGCUCUGGCAACGAACUGGAUGCAUGCACAUGGUCGCUUACCACUGUCCUGAAAGCAGUUCUAAAAGAAACAUCAGAAUAUAAACCUGGGACUGUGGAGAAACUUCUUGCCACAUUCGACACAGCUCUCACUGCUGCUUACUCCCAGCUUGUCCCUGUAGAGAGUCUGGGCCAUGGGAACUCUGCGUCAUACCCCAGUAGUAACACGGCAGACUGGGCUACAACUCUGACUAACCUCCUAGACUUACUGGAAGUGCUCACUGCAGCCAGGUUCAAACUAAGCACCACCAGUGUCUGUUUCACCAGCUCAAGGCUCUCCCUCGUACAGGCAUCGGCGCUACUGCGGAUAGUCGACUCUCAUGUCCACUACUUUGUGAAGAAGCAAGUGCUUCUGCUUUUAAAGAGGAUUCUCCUUCAGAAGGCAGGCGAGGACAUGGGUUUUGGCGAGGCGUCCUCCCUAACGCAUGGAGAUGAUCACAUGACCAGUGACAUUCUUACACUAGCUGAUGAUGUGUUGCAGGCAGUGCACACUGAUUGGUUACAGUGUGUUCCAGUGGAGUCGGCGGCCAUUUUCUUUGGAGGGACAGACCAAUCGUGUGGCGGGAGCAGUGAUGCAUUCGAUCAUGUGAUGCUGAGGGCUGUUAGUCUAGUUGUGCUCAAGUCACUGGAAUACAAAAUCCAAUCCGCUGGUGGGAAAGGUGUAUGUAAUACCAUAGGCAUCCAUGGCUAUUUAAGUGCGUUGCUGCUGUUCCUGAGGCAGCGUGGGGUCCAGCUGAAGCAGGGAUCUCACCCCUGCUGCUGGGUGUCCUUGGUGUUUGAAGAGCAGGACGACGACAUGAUGGAAGCAGCAAAGGCUUUACUCCUACUAUACCUCCAUCACAGAGUGUCCUCUGACCUGGAAGCUGAUGCUGUGUGUGUUGUCGGCGGCAACCCCCACUGUCACUUUCUCUUCCUCCUCCGCAACAUCUCCUUCGACCACAGCAUUCUCCUCGAUUUCCUCAUCUCAACGGAAACCUGCUUCCUCGAGUACUUUGUCCGUUACCUAAAACACCUCCGGGACGACUGGGAAGGCUUCCGAACGGUCUGUCAGAAGAUAGAUGGGUCGGACCGGUGUAAACUGAGCUGGAAGAUUAGCCAGAAAGACUAUCAACUGUUGGACAACCUGAGAGAGGAACUCCAGCAGUCGUUGUGUGCCUCUCGUGGAAGCGUGUCUACUUCCAGCCAUUCUGGAGGAUCAGUUACCAUCAUGGACCCAGAUCCAGCUUCCUGUCUGCAGCCCAGCUUGUGUCUGCCUUCAGGGAGUGCAACUGCCCUGGCCUCUACUCCCCCUCUCCGUCUGGUGGACUACGGCAGCUCAGAGGAGUCUGGGACUGAGGACGGUGACCUCCCAUCAGGCCUUACACAGGAUAGGCUACACAGCGACUCUGUGGUUCACACACACAACAGCCACUCUUUUGAUAGGACUGUUAUGUGUCUGACAGAGCUCAGAGUGGUGGUGACUAGACUGCAGAGGAGGAGUCUGUUCCCUUACAAUGCCACCUCGCUCUUGAAACUGCUGACACAGAUUGAAGCGAAGAGAUGUUGUCCACAGUGUUGAACUCCGUAAUGAUGUAAUAAAUGUUACAAGGUGGUAAAUGCAUUUGGUCUCAUUUGUAAUAUUUUGAGUGUUGUAAAAUUCCUAUAACUUUACCAAAAUUCCCAGUUUGACAGAAAUACAUUUGCUUUUGGAAGA